AUGAAAGAGUUAGAUAGGCUAGAUGAAAGAAUUAAGACGUAUCUUCAAGGUAUCGAUUAUGAAAGAUGGUCAAGACACCAUUCCUACAAUAACAUAUACAAAACAACGACAUCUAACUUGGCUGAGUUAUUAAAUGCAGCAAUACUACAUGCACGAGAGCUGCCUAUCACAACUCUCCUCAUGCACCUACAUGACCUCCUACAAGAAUUGAUAAGAGAUUUAGGCCAAUUAAGAUUUAUGGCUAACAAUGUAUCCACAAUGUAUCAAUUGGGUACCAAUCUUCAUAGUUUUACUAAUAUGCACUUUUUCCAGGAAGACGAGCAGCAGCUCGUCUUCUCAGGUGAGAAGACAAGCGCUCGUCUUCCCAAAUCUGAGAAGACGACGAGUCUGGUUGUUUUCUCACCUGAGAAGAUGACCAGAGACGAGUUCGUUUGUGGCGGUUCGGUUGCGAUGAUUAGCCGGAAAAAUACAAUCAACAUGAAAGAGAGAUCAUGCACCUGCAAAAAGUUUGAAAUUGAUGAAAUACCUUGCCAACAUACUCUAGAAAUUUUAAAUGAAAUGCACCAAGAGCCUUAUAAAUAUUGCUCAAAAUUUUGGACACCAUCCGGUAUGUUAGCAACAUAUAGUGAAACUAUAUUUCCAAUUGAGAAAAAGGAAAAAUGGGAGAUACCACAUAAGGUAAAGGACAUGAUCAUCUUGCCAUCACAACAUAGGACAAGAAUCGGAAGUCCAAUAAAGCGAAGAUACAAGGCUUCUUGGGAAAAAUCAAUAACAACAAGUAUUGAAAGUGUAGACAAGAUGACCACAAUAAGAAAACAUGUAGAAACAUGA